AUGGCUUCAGGCUCAUCUUUUUCAUCAAUGCUGCUGUUGGGGGACAAGAAUGAAGAAGAUCAUUUGAACGAAGCCAACAACAUUCAACAAGAUAAUCAUGGGGUGUCACAAACUCAACCUCAAACUGUUCCCCACAAGAAGCGAAGAAACACACCAAAAUUCCCAUUGGUGAUAGAUUCGGAUGUUGAGGUUAUAGCACUAUCUCCUGCCACCCUAAUGGCAAAAAACAGGUUUGUUUGUGAGGUAUGCUACAAAGGGUUCCCAAGAGACCAAAACUUGCAACUUCACAAAAGGGGACACAAUUUGCCAUGGAAACUUAAGCAGAAGAGUGCAACGGAUGAUGCGAAAAGAAAGGUGUAUGUGUGUCCUGAGCCUACUUGUGUCAACCAUGAGCCUUCGCAUGCUCUUGGAGACCUCACUGGCAUCAAGAAACACUAUUCACGAAAGCAUGGUGAAAAGAAAUACAAGUGCCAAAAGUGUGAAAAAAUGUAUGCAGUCAAUUCUGAUUUGAAAGCGCAUUCAAAGACUUGUGGCACCAAAGAGUAUCCAUGCCAUUGUGGUACUGUCUUCGCAAGGCGUGACAGCUUCAUCAAUCAUAGGGCAUAUUGUGAGGCAUUGGCUGAAGGGAUAACAACCAUAACUCCAAAGGGAGUGUGCUCAUUCAAAAGCUCCCGCAACCAUAACCAGGUGAAUACAAAUUCGCCUCAAUUGGCCCCACAAGUUCCCUCUACUCAGAACCUGAUCAAAACCUCCAUGGGCCCACAAGUUCCCACUCCACCUUUGUUUGGGUCAUCAUCAAAUCAAAAGAACCCUAUAAAUUCUCUGAACAACACAACAACUAAUCUUGUGAACAACACAACCACACUACAUAACAACAUGCAACUCUACAAUCUCAGUAUCAUGGGAAACCCUAUAAAUUCUGGAAGUGGUGAGGGAUUAAGUUUGUUCUCAAGUGGUAGCUUUGUGUCACAUCACUCUACUUCACUUUAUUUUUCAUCACAUAAAGAAACCAUGCCUCAACAGCUUUCAGCGACUGGAAUGCUUCAGAAGGCUGCAACACUUGGUUCAACCUCUAGGACCAACAGUUUUAGCAACUUUCCCCGAGGGUAUACAACUUUCCCCGAAGGUAGCAAUGGGAAUCACAGCAACAUGAAUGAGCUCUUGAAGUCUUUUAGCAGUAGUGGUGGCUAUCAAGGUGGUGUUGAGAGCGGAAGUGGUGGUUAUGAUGAGGAGUGGAAAAAUUUGAACUCUGUAGAAGAACAGCAGCCACCUCAAAACUCUAGUUUUAAGAUGGGUUUGGAGCAAGUGAGUGGUGGGAAAACGACCAGAGACUUUCUUGGUGUUGGAGGGGAGACAGUAGGCAACAUAAGCAGCGAUGGACCUAAAAGCACUUUUGCAGUACGAAGCUUUCUGUAA